GGUGUUUGACCCGGAAGUGGAUAUUGGCGAUGGUUUAGUGAGUGGAGCUCGCUCUGCGGGGAGCGUCGCGGAGGUCGGAGCCGCUGUCCUCAUUCUUUCCCCGAUGGUGUGAUGUGGAGCUUCAGAAAUGCCUUAUGUGGAUCGACAGAAUCGUAUUUGUGGAUUUCUAGACAUUGAAGAAAAUGAAAACAGUGGAAAAUUUCUGCGUCGAUACUUUAUACUGGACACACGGGCUGACAGUUUGCUAUGGUACAUGGACAAUCCACAGAAUCUGCCGUCAGGUGCAUCACACGUUGGGGCUCUUAAACUUACUUACAUCUCAAAGGUCAGUGAUGCAACAAAGCAGCGACCAAAAGCAGAGUACUGUUUUGUCAUUAAUGCCGGAAUGCGAAAGUACUUUCUUCAAGCUAAUGAUCAGCAGGACUUGGUUGAGUGGGUGAAUAUACUGAACAAAGCGACCAAGAUUACAGUACCAAAACCAUUAGAUGUUCAAGUGAACACAGAUAACCAAAAUUGCCUUAUGGAGGGACCAUGUGGAAGGAAGCCAGGGCCAUACAAGACUGAAAUUAUUGGUGGUGUUCCAAUUAUUACACAGACUAAUCAGGAGGGGAUGGAAUAUCUUGAAGGAAUGGAGAAAAGUAAUUUGAAACGUUCUCAAAGUCAGUUAACAUAUUUUAUUGGCAAACCUACAUCUGAUCAAGCAAUCAUUAAAAGUGGUUACUGUGUUAAACAAGGAGCAGUGAUGAAAAACUGGAAAAGAAGACAUUUCAUACUAGAUGAAAACUCCAUAAGCUAUUACAAAUCUGAUCUGGAUAAGGAACCACUUCGUAGUAUACCACUUAAAGAAGUUAUUAAGGUUCAGGAGUGUAAACAAAGAGAAAUCCUGCUGCGUGAUAACUUGUUUGAGAUAGUUACUAGUUUUAGAACAUUUUAUGUCCAGACUGACAGUCCUGAAGAUAUGCACAACUGGAUCAAGGCAAUAUCUGGGGCAAUAGUGGCGCAGCGAGGCCCUGGAAGAUCAGCUUCUGAGCCUUCUGACAAUUCCACAACAGAAUCCAGUACUGUCUCAUCAUCCUCAAAAACACCAGCCGCCUAUAAUCCCCUCAUUGCCUCCGCCAGCCACAGCGCAGACCACAAUCCCCAACAUAACGAGGAGAAGCGAGGACUUCACAAGUCUUCUACCAUGGCUCAGCCAGGGCAGCACAAGAUCCCGCUUGUCUCUACCCGAAAACCAGCUGCCAAAAUGACAAAGGAAGAUUCAGUCCUUCAAGGUAAAAAUGGCAUGCCAGAGAAUUAUCCUGCUCCACUGGAUCUGGAUGAUGUCAGUCUUCCUGUCAGUGACAUUUAAAAGUAGAUGUUGAAGGUAAAAGUGCUGUCAUCCAAAUCGUUUGUUUGAGACCUCAAAUGGGAGUAGAUCAGUCAGGAAGAGGAUUAUCUUAUUCUCUCAUUCAAAACUUUGCUUCUAAAUUCACCUCAUUAGUCUGCAUAGUGAAAUGCAUCUGCUGACCUCUCUAGCAGAUUCCAUGCUGUGGCAUUUAUGGAUCUGGAUCAAUCUAGUAUUCAGUUAUCUGCCUACUCUAUUUUUGUUUUAAAAAAAAACUUUGUUUGUGCCUAAAGAACAGUGUGGUGUACCAUUGUGGUUCCAAAGAAAUUGCACCUUGUCACUAAAUGUACAGGUUAGUCUUUUUUUUAUAUUAUAAGAAAAAUGAGGGUUUUCCUUGUGAAAAUAUUAGACUUUGCUUUGCUCAACAUUGACAGCUUCAGGUUGUACUGUGUAUGAUCCUUAUCUUGUGGCCUGUAUGUGUCUUAAUGCACCAAAAUCCCAUACUGCUUAAAGUGCCUGUCUUUAAUCUCUGGGUACAAGUUGUUUAUGUAUCAAUAUUUGAUCUGUAUUGUACAAUGUUACAUUUUUAAUUUCUUGAGCUUUGAACUUUGAAUUCUCAGUUCCUGGAGGAAGUCGUAAAUGUAAUUGUUUUAAUAUAAUUCAAGUUUAAACUAUUAGAAUAUUAUGGAUCUUUUAGUGGUUUCCUGUGCAAUAUAUAUUUCACGAAUUGUGAACUGCAGAAGUUACUGGAGGCUUUUUGUACUGACACUGCAUAUAAUUUAAACAUUAAAUUUUGAGGUUUUUAAGGUACAUAAUUAUGUACACAGGAUAAAUAUACAGAUGCAUUAUUCAAUCUACCAACUAUAUUUCAUCGCAUUUGUGCAUUUCUUUCUCUCUCUCUCUCUCUCUCUCCACCCCCCCACCAUGAGAAACACAACUUAAACUGGUGAAACUUAAAUAGUUGUAAAGUCUUGAAAGGACUCUUGGUCUGAAUAUGAAUGUAGAGAAGACCAUUAUGCAAAGGUUGAGUCCAUAACGAUAAUUUUAAUUUAUGGUGAAAAUACCAUGUUAUUUGCCAAAAUGAAAUAUAUUGCAUCUGCUUAAUCCCAUUUUAUUAGUAUGAAUAGAAAUCUAAAGUUUUCAGACUUAUUAAACCUUUUAGUAUUUCUGCAGUUUGUACCUUAUAGGAUAUACUUACUUCUCAUAAAAAAUGUUUGGCUUAAAAUAUUUAUUUCACAAAUACUGUAUCCAUAUUAUUUUUUAAAAAUUGGCAUUUAAUUUUCAUUAUUCUGUAUAGAAAAUUAGCUUUAUAUAAUUUUUCCUGAAUUAUCAUCUGUUUCUUACCAGUCAUUUUGUUUUUGUGCCUGAUGUUAAAGAGCAGUCUGUUCAGGAAUUAAUUGACGUAAUGUCCUUUUUUUAAAUAGCACAGCUGAAUCCUUUGCAUGAUUCUCCAAUGACUUCUACCAAUGCACUAACGUAAAGUUACUUUGUCAAGAAUUUGGGGUCACCAUUGUUGUGAUGUGUUGAGGCUUGGGUGCCGAAAUGUGGUGGUUUUCUAAUUUCCUUUUCAUUACUACCACUUUCUGUGAGGAGGGAGUGUCUUGGAUGCCAAGGCUGAGCUAAGAAAUAAUUUUUAGGAAUCUAGCUUGGAACUUGCUGGGAAGGGGCAAACCUGGUGGAAGGUUGUGUAGUUGUAACUUUAAAGAUAAUUUGUGAGGGUACUUUUUAAUGUUGCUCUUGAAAAUAUGACAUUGUUGGACCUUAUCCUGCAAUGUUUCUUUACAUCAAUCAAAUAACUUUCUAGUGUAUUUUCAUAAAUAAUGGUAGCUUUAAUAAUUUUAAUACUAUAAAUUGGCCGCAAUUUAGUUACUAUAGUUUUUAAACAAAAUAUAUAAUAGAAUUAAAUUGUUUAAAAGAUUUGUCUAAAGAGAAAUUGAUAGUGGAGGAUCUCUAUACAUUUAGAUUUUACCAAGUUCAAAGAGUUGGCUUAAUUGUUUUGAUAACUGUGAUGCUAUGACACUUGAGGAAAAACAAAGUACUGACAUGGAUAGUUUCAAAUGCAGCUUUAUUUUGUCUUUUUUGUCUUGGUUUUUUAAUUCAAAUAUGCCUUAGUUUUGAGUUUGCUUGUCUAAGUUUGUUUUGCCAGAAUAAAAUGCAUUUAAUGUAAAGCUUUGGCUUGAUUUAUCAAUCAGUGUAGUUUUGACUAUACCUGUAAAAAUUAUUUUCUGUUAAUCGUCAGUUGCAGAUUGUGUUGCUGAAUACAAGUCUCAGCUGCUUAGAACGGUUUUUGUCAAAGAGUUAUCAAAAGUUGUAGCACAAUUAGAAUUUCACAGAUGACUUUUUUAAACUGAGAACGGGUGUGCUUCUGACAUUACCUAUUGAAUACACUAAAGUUGCUUUCUCCUGUGUUUUCACUGUGACGUUGAAAAAAAAUUAGUAGCUAUAAACCUUGUUUUUUUCACUAAAAGGAUUAAUUCAAUUGAAAAAUAUAGGUGUGAUUUCUUACCCAACUCUUUUUUUUCCCACGAGGAAACAUUGUUUGACUAGAAAUAAUUGAAAAACCUGUGGGAAAAAUUAUCUGUUGCUCCUGUAAAAUCUUGAUAUAUUUAGUUCAAUAUUUUAUUUUUGUAACUGUAAAUUUGCUAAGCUUAUUGGCACAGGUACCGCUUCUGAAAUUGCAUGUGCUACUCCUGUUUAUUGAAAAUAUUUGCAAAUAUAUGAAUUGGGUGAAAGUCUUGAUUUUCAUUUACACUAUCGUGGUGGACGGUAUUUAACUACUGGUGAACUGAAAAUUUACAAUUUGUUGAGUUGGAAAAAUGUGUAUUAGUCUGCUAACAGAAGCUUUUAUUUAUCUUUGCUCAACUUUUUAUAUAAUUCUAUAAAAAUGUUUAAAUUAUUUUUGACGGUUAUGUAUGGCUUGUCCUGAAUGAUGUUUGUUCAUCUAAGACAAUAAAGAACCA